GCUUCCAAAAAAAAAAAGACCCAACCCUUCGCUUGCUUGCUUGCUUCAUGCCCUAAUCACUUUUCUUUCUACUUUCCCUCAUUCAGUGAUUAAUUGAAUUCAAUUUCGUAGUUCGUUAUUUGAGAUCUCGGAUGAUGGUGAUGAACUCAGAAACUGAAAUGCCGGCCGGUCGGAAUUUUUGUAGAGUAGACACUUUAGAGAUGAAAUCCCAGGUUGUAAGGAAGAUUGGGCGUAUAAAAGCGGAGAUGUACUUCCAUCUGCUUACUAUAUUUUUGAGUCUUAAGAUUUGCAAAUCCGAGUUCGAUAAGCUGUGUAUCAGUACAAUAGGGAGAGAAAAUGCUCGUCUUCAUAAUGAUCUCCUCAGAUCAAUUAUUAGGAAUGCUUCGCUUUCAAAGACUCCUCCACCGAUAGCGAACAAAUCCGAAGGGUCUUUGAGUGUUAAAGUGUCAAAUGGGAAUCAAAGAAGUAUUCUUCAGUCACUGUGCAAAGAUUUUCCUCAAUCUCCUCGUAAGAGUAGGACUCCGAAUCUUCGAGAUCGCAAGUUGAGGGACCGCCCAAGUCCUCUAGGGCCUCAUGGGAAGAGCCAUAAUACUGCCUGUGAAGAUGCAGUUCCUAAAGGUCAAGAACAGCAGAGUGCUACAGAGUUGUUUACUUUGGGUAGCAGACCGCUUGGCUCUGUUGAGGAUGGAGAAGAAGUUGAUCAAGCUACAGGAAGUCCAAGCAUUUACAGUAGGAGUCCCGUGAGAGCUCCACUUGGCAUCAAUUUGAAUGCUAAAGGAAUGCAAAAAGUACUAUGGAAUGGAUUGGCAUCUGCUUCCGAGACUUGUUAUUGCCGGGGUGAACUACCUGAUACUGGUUCUUUGAGGAAGAGGUUGGAAAAGAAGUUGGAGACGGAGGGAUUGAAUAUCUCAGUAGAUUGUGUCGAUUUGUUAAACAAUAGCAUCGAUGUUUACAUGAAGACAUUGAUAAAACCUUGUUUGAAACUGGCUGGUACAAGGUCCAGACAGAAAGUUAUUAACCGAGGCCAGAAUCAGUCCAUGGCCUAUUUUAAUGGGAUGCAGCCUGUGAGAUAUGUACCAAAUCGAAGUGGACCCAUUUCGGCAUCGAUGUUAGACUUUCAAGUUGCGAUGGAGAUGAAUCCCUUGAUUCUUGGAGUAGACUGGUCAACACAACUCGAGAAGGUGUGUCUGCAGAAGAAUGAGAACCAAAGUUAAUUGGGUUCAUGAUUCAAGUUCAACCAGAUUCCAGGCAUGGCAAUUUUGAGUUAGUUCAAUUUUGACGUUCACACUAACAUCGGUAUCGAGCAUCCCAUUUUUAUAGAAUAGAUGAAGUAAAUAAGUAAAAAGGUUACUAGAGUUUCGGAUAAAGCUGGUUGUAUUGUAAAUAUGUCAUGGCUCUGAUUUAUCCGGAGGUGUGAUAUCUCAACUAGGUGAAAUCCAACUAUAUUUAUACUUGGGCUAGCAACUAUCUCUACCCGAUAUCUAUAGCUUCGUUUUAAGGAACACUUGUUUUCAUAAUAAUAAUGCGUAUCUU